UUUAGUCUAAUUUGUGAUGAAGGUCCAUCCCCGCCUUCCCGCGGGCCGCAGUCAGUAACGUAACUUCAUAGUGACCCCGAACCUGAGCGCCAAAACAACUUGAACUACGUUUACUGUCAACAAAGCCACCUGUUUAGCUUCAAAAUAAACAUUUCUAACGGUAGCGGUAACGUACCCACCGACUGAAUGUCACGAAACGGGCUAGUAUCCAGUUUCCGGAGGUUACUAGACGAUGAAAAGCGACGGAAGCGGACUCCGGGUCCGUUUGAUCAGCUUCGCCAGCAGAUGACUGAUGUCUUGGGAGAUGAAGGGAUCCUGAAAGAAGUGGUCCAAGAAGGAGAGGGACCACCUAUACCGGAAAAUGCUUCAGUAUUGAGUAAAAUCCGUUACUCUGGUUACCUGGAAUAUUCUAACCGGCCUUUUGAAACCACCACACACCUCAAGUACCCCCGCAUGAUGAAGCUAGGGAGAGAUGUGACGCUGGCUGGACUGGAGCUGGGUCUGUUGACCAUGAAGAAAGGAGAGUUUUCUCGUUUCCUCUUCCAGCCCCAAUAUGCGUAUGGGAACAUGGGAUGUCCUCCGUUAAUUCCUGCCGCUGCAGUGGUUCUGUAUGAGAUUCAGAUCAUUGACUAUCUCAACUCGGGACAAGUGGACGACUUCAUCGCAAUAAGUCCAGAGGAGCAGAACACGGUUCCUCUGUCCACGUUCCUCGAAGUUGUCAACACACUACGCAGCUUUGGCAACCGCUGCUUCAACCAAAAGCGUUAUUUCAACGCCAAAGAUCGCUAUAAACAGGCAAUGACGCUGCUGGUGAACAGGGAAACACAGAGCUGUGAGGAGGAGGAGAGGAUCAAGACAGCGCUGCUUCCUCUCUACCUGAACCUUUCUCUCACUCAGCUCCGUCUGAAGAGCCCGCACAAAGCCCUGAAAUACGGCAACAAAGCCAUGGAGAUAGACUCUGCCAACACAAAGGCUCUUUUCCGCUGCGGACAGGCGUAUAUGGAGCUGCAUGAGUACGACAGCGCCCAGGACUGCCUCAUUUCUGCUCAAGCAAGGAAGCCCUUUGACCAUGACAUUAACAACCUACUGAGGAAAGUGGCAAUAUGCUAUAAAGACAGCCUGGACAAACAGAAAGACAUGUACUCCAGGAUGUUCAGAGACUUGAGGGGAUGAAGAUGUAGCGAUAAGUAAAAGAUGACCUUGCGGUUGAACAGCACAUUUCCUCUCCAGUAUUGUGAAUUCUCAAAAUGUUUUUGUGCAUGUAAUGAAAGGAAUAAUGUUGUACACAUGCAUUGUUAAUUUCCUUUCUUUAAAAAUCUUCAAAUGUUUACUUAUAAUGUAGCUCAACGUUUUUGUUUGAGGAUAUGCUUUGCAGAAUUUGCUUUCCCCUCAUGUGACUAUAUAUGAAGGCUGGAAGAACAUGUGAUCGAACAAUCCCAGGGAAUCUUGAGUGGCUGAAUCUUUUAUAAAGAUGCUACUUGUCCUUAGAUUCUGUUUAUAAAGACCGUUUGUUUGUUGUUGAUUGUUUGUUUGUUUGUUUGGUGGGGUGUUAAAUAUUGGCAUGGGUUCUUACCAAAAAUCCUUUUCACUUCUAAGAUAUCUUGUCUUUGUUUUAGAUUAAUUGGAAACGACAUGUUUUCAUGAUCUGAUCUUAGAAUGUAUACUGACACUUUGCUAAUGUUUAAUUUAGAAGAUCAUUGGAUGUAGUUCCUACAUCAUUCAUUUUUGCGUGUGAAAUAAAUGACUUCAGUUGUACAAAU